CUCCGCAUCAUCAUCCUCAUCGCGGGGGCAUUCUUCUGGCUAGUCUCACUGCUGCUCUCCUCCCUCAUCUGGUUCAUUGCUGUGAAGGCUAGCGACCCACGUGAUGAGCCACUGCAGAAGGGGCUCCUGAUCUUCGGGGUGAUGUUCUCUGUGUUGCUGCAGGAGGCAUUCCGCUUCCUCUACUACAAGCUCCUCAGGAAGGCCAUCGAGGGGCUGGUGGCCCUCAGCGAGGACGGCUGCUCCCCCAUCUCUAUCCAGCAAAUGGCAUAUGUGGCUGGCGUGGGCUUUGGGCUCAUGAGCGGUGCUUUCUCCAUGAUCAACCUCCUGGCGGACGCUCUGGGACCUGGCACCGUGGGCAUCCAUGGGGACUCGCAGCUCUAUUUCUUGACCUCAGGUGAGCGACAGGAUUGUGCCCUAAGCCUUCAUCACAGAGCGGCAGACCCAUAGAUGUAUCA